CGGCAGUGGCGAGGCUGCUCGGCCGGGGCGAACGGGGCAGGUCCUGCAGCGGCUCGCUCAGGCCAUCUUGGAGACACCCGGCGUGUCCCUUCUCGAGUUUCCCUCGGCUCUUGUCUGUUGAUUCGUAGCCUGAAAUGCAUGGUCAUGGAGGCUAUGACUCUGAUUUUAGUGAUGAUGAACACUGUGGAGAAUCAAACAAAAGGAAAAGAAGGUAUCAAAGACAUACAAAGUUUGUAAAUGACUAUAUUUUAUACUAUGGUGGCAAAAAAGAAGAUUUCAGGCGUUUGGGGUUUUAUGGACCUAGGGAGAAGAGACUUGCUAAGAAAUACUAUGAUAAGUUAUUCAAGGAAUACUGCAUAGCAGAUCUCAGUAGAUACAAAGAAAAUAAGUGUGGAAAUAAAUGUUGUGAUGAAAAAGAGGGCUUAAAGAGUUGGGAAGUUAAUUUUGGUUAUGUUGAGCAUGGUGAAAAGAGAAAUGCACUUGUUAAAUUAAGUCAGUCGAAAAAAUUAACUUUAGGUUUAUAUUGUUUAACCUAAAGGAGAAAAGAAAUCAAGUCCAAAAAAGGAAAGGAUAAAAGCAAAAAAAAUUGCGAAGAGUCAUCACAUAAAAAAUCCAGAUUAUCUUCUGCAGAAGAGGCCUCUAAGAAAAAGGAUAAAGGAUGA